AUGAUGACGUGCCGGCUGGGCUCGCGGCGGCUGGGCGGCUCCCGCGGCUCGCUGCAGGCCGGCACCGCGUGCACCGCCGCCAGCGAGCUCGACCUCUCCACGCGGUCCCGGAGAGCACACAAAGCGAGAUUAAAACUGCUGGGUGCUAGCGGCGAGGCGCCCCUCCUCGCCGGCUGGCGAAGUACGCCGCACACGCCGCACGCGCCCGCAACGCCGGCGCCGCACCACUCACACAACCACCUCGCUCCUCCGCAUUGCAACGGCACUGACAGGCUAAGUACGCCGAGGAGGGACGCCAUGCCGGCGCCGCACCACUCUCACAACCACCUCGCUCCUCCGCAUUGCAACGGCACUGACAGAGUUAGGCUACCGCUGGGAGCUAGUUACAAGGCGCCUCUCCUCGGUGGCAGGCUAAGUACGCCGAGGAGGGACGCCAUGCCGGCGCCGCACCACUCUCACAACCACCUCGCUCCUCCGCAUUGCAACGGCACUGACAGGCUACCGCUGGGAGCUAGCUACAACGCGCCACUCCUCGCCGGCUGGCGAAGUACGCCGCACACGCCGCACGCGCCCGCAACGCCGGCGCCGCACCACUCACACAACCACCUCGCUCCUCCGCAUUGCAACGGCACUGACAGUGGCAGCAGAGGCGGUCUCCGACGGCGGUCGACAUACGCGAGCGGUCGGCUGCGCUCCGGCCCGCACUGGUCGUUCGUGUUCGACCCAGCGGGUCGGCUCUGCUAUUACUGGUCGAUGGUCGUGUCGCUAGCCUUCCUCUACAACCUCUGGGUCAUCGUGUAUAGGUUCGCCUUCCAAGAGAUCAAUGGCGAGACGCUAAUAGUGUGGUUCUGUCUGGACUACUUCUCGGAUUUCCUCUAUCUGGCGGACAUCUUGUUCCACUUCCGAACGGGAUACCUCGAGGACGGCGUCCUACAAACGGACGCGGCCAAGCUCCGGGCGCACUAUAUGAACUCCACGACCUUCUACAUCGACUGCUUGUGUCUCCUGCCACUGGACUUCCUCUACCUCUCCAUCGGGUUCAACUCCAUACUACGCUCCUUUCGUCUCGUCAAAAUCUACCGCUUCUGGGCAUUCAUGGACCGCACGGAACGACACACGAACUACCCAAACUUGUUUAGAUCAACCAGUUUAAUUCAUUAUUUAUUAGUGAUAUUCCAUUGGAACGGGUGCUUGUACCAUAUAAUAUAUAAAAACAAUGGGUUCGGUAGUAAAAACUGGGUGUAUCAUGACACUGAAACCGCGGACGUUGUGAAACAGUAUCUACAGAGCUAUUAUUGGUGCACGUUGGCGCUCACGACGAUAGGUGACCUGCCGCGGCCGAGGAGCAAAGGAGAGUACGUCUUCGUGAUAGCACAGCUUCUCUUCGGGCUGCUUCUCUUCGCGACGGUACUGGGACACGUGGCCAACAUCGUCACGUCGGUCAGCACCGCCAGGAAAGAGUUCCAGGCGAAAUUGGACGGCGUGAAGACUUACAUGCGCAUGCGGCGGGUGCCCAACAACCUGCAAGUGAAGGUGAUCAAGUGGUUCGACUACCUCUGGCUCACGCAGAAGUGCUCUGAUGAGGAGAAGGCCGUGUCGUGUCUGCCGGACAAGCUGAAGGCGGAGAUCGCUAUCAACGUGCAUUUGGACACUUUGAAGAGGGUGGAAAUCUUCCAAAAUACGGAGGCUGGAUUCCUGUGUGAGCUGGUGUUGAGGCUGCGACCCGUUUUGUUCUCGCCAGGCGAUUUUAUCUGCAGAAAAGGCGAAGUCGGGAAGGAGAUGUACAUAGUGAACCGAGGCAAACUGCAGGUGGUAGGCGACAACGGGAAGACCGUGCUAGCAACACUCAAGGCGGGUUCUUAUUUUGGCGAAAUUUCCAUUCUGAACAUGGGCACGGCAGGCAACCGGCGGACAGCAUCAGUGCGGUCCGUCGGCUACUCGGACUUGUUCGUGCUGAGCAAGAAGGACAUGUGGGACGUGCUGAAGGAGUACCCAGCAGCCAGGGUGCGGCUCGAGGCGAUCGCAGUCAAGAGACUUGAGAAGUAUAAGAAAGCGCCGCUUGAGAAAGUGGCGAUGGGUCGCUGCCAAUCGACGCCCGGGCUCGUGGAGACGAGCGGGCGCAUUCCCAUCGAGGAGAUGCAGCUUCCGCCCGCGCCGGCGCUGCCGCCGAUGCACCCCUCUCACCCGCCUUCCUACCGGGACCAGCUUUAUAGGUUUGGAACUGAAAAACGAUUUUCGUCAGUAAGCCCUCUUCGUGUAGCAUCACCAGUAGCGUCAUUGGCGUCGAGCGCGCGUAGCAGCGCGGCCGGCGGCGGCAGCGUCGCGGCUGGCAGCGGCCCGCGUGGUCACAUCGACACCCACGAGCAGUUGGAGUGCGAGAUCAAGCGGCUGAGAGAACGGCUGUACACAGUCGAGACCGAGAAUGCCGCUAUGUCUGUGAAGCUCAAUCAACAGCAGUGGGAAGUGGAGCACAGCUGGUUUCUGCUAGACACUCACGAGCAGUUAGAGUGCGAGAUUAAGCGGCUGAGAGAACGACUGUACACAGUCGAGACCGAAAACGCCGCUAUGUCUGUGAAGCUCAAUCAACAGCAGUGGGAAGUGGAGCACAGACUGCAAGAGAUCGAGAUGCAGAUCUGCGGCGGCAGCUCGCUCAGCUCGCAGGAGGACAACGAGCGGAACCGCGAGAGCAUCAUUUAA